AUGGAGCUUAAGGGGAAGGUGGCUUUGAUCACCGGUGCCGCCGCCGGCAUCGGCCUCGCCUACUGCGAGGAGCUCCUGAAACAGGGUGCCAAGGUCUCGCUGUGUGAUAUCGAUUCAGAAAUCGGAGAACAGGUGUCCGAUGAACUGGGCGUUAAAUACGGCCGUAAGAACGUACUGUUUUGCCAGUGUGACGUCACAGACUACCCGCAGUACGAGGAAGCGUUUGAGAUGACGAUAAAAGUGUUCAAUCGUCUGGAUAUAGUGAUAAACAACGCUGGCGUAAUGAACGAUCGAUUUUGGGAACUAGAAGUCGACGUCAAUUUGAACGGCGUGAUACGGGGCACGUUGCUGGCGUACCGCUUCAUGGGCAAAGACAGGGGCGGGCAGGGGGGCACCAUCAUCAACACCGCUUCCACGGCCUUCGCGAAGCCGCAAGUCUCGACGCCGAUCUACACGGCCACCAACUACGCGGUCGUCGGACUCACUCGCGCCUACGGGGACCAGUACCACGUGAACCUGACGGGUGUACGCAGUAUGGUCUUAUGCCCGGGACUCACUGACACUGGGCUGGUCAAGGAAAUACGCAAGCAGCUAAUGUCUUCGGAAUAUGAAGCCGCUUGGCAGAGGGACCACAUGAAUUGCAAGACACAGAGCCCGGAGCACGUGGGUAGGGCUCUCAUAGAUAUCCUCACCAAGGGGCAGAGUGGUUCUGUGUGGGUGGUGGAGAACGGCCAGCCGCCAAGGGAAUGGCGCGGU